UUUUUGUAUUAAACAAAAGUGAUAAAAAUAGUUACAAAAAUUAUAAAAACACCAUUUAAAAUAGUAAAUUUUAGAGGUACGGUACCAAAUUUUUUUUGUCGAUACUGUAGUCAAGUGCCUUGAAUAUGGGGAUGACAUAACUUUCCUCGCUAUUAUGGGCCACUGGAAAGAAAAUGGCGAGCAAGAAGACUUCCAAAGUCUAGUCUUGUGGAUUGAGCCAAAAUUCUGGGAAUUACUGUACAAGAAUUGGCACAUAAAAAAGACCUUUGAACUAUCCCAUUUACACAUCGAACAACGUAAUGGGUUCUCUAGCAUUAGAUAAGGUCUUUUUCCUUGCUUUCUUGCUCCCAAUUUACAUAUCUUUCUCUACCACCAUUGUUGCUUCUGCUUCUGCUUCUACUGAAGAAGCUAAUGCUCUCCUCAAAUGGAAAGUUACCCUUCAAAAUAGCUCUCGGCUAUCUUCAUGGACACUUUCUCCUAAUGACACCUCCAAUUCUUCUAUCCCUCCAAAGCCCAGUGCAAGCCACUGCACUUGGUUUGGAGUUUCAUGCAAUGACCAUGGAAGCGUCAUUAGAUUGAACCUCACAACUUCAGGUCUAAAUGGUACGCUCUACGACUUCCCAUUCUCGUCUCUCCCUAAUCUUGCAUAUCUCGAAAUCAGUCUGAAUGAACUCUUCGGUCUAAUCCCACCUCAAAUAGGUCAGCUCUCCCAACUCAUUUAUCUUGAUUUCUCUGUCAAUCAACUUUCCGGAAUAAUACCACCAGAGAUUGGCCUGCUAAAAAAUCUUCAGACCCUCCAUUUGGUUGAAAAUUCUUUAAAUGGCUCGAUACCUCAAGAAAUUGGCCAGCUAAAAUCACUGACUGAACUUGCUCUGUAUACCAACAAUCUCAAUGGUAACAUUCCUGCGUCCAUUGGAAGUUUAAGCGAGUUAGCUUACUUGUAUCUAUAUCAAAAUAACCUUUCUGGUUCCAUUCCUCCAGAGAUGGGAAAUCUUUUCAAUCUUGUUGAACUCGAUAUAGACUCCAAUUACCUAACAGGUCCCAUCCCAUCCAAUUUUGGAAACUUAAAUAAGCUAACUAUGCUACAUUUGUUCCAUAAUGCACUUUCUGGUUCGAUUCCCCCAGAGAUUGGGAAGUUGAAAUCGCUUUAUAGUCUAAGCCUUCAUACAAAUAACCUUUCUGGCUCAAUCCCUUCAUCAUUUGGUGACCUAAGCUCCCUCAAUAUUCUGCAUCUUUACGCUAAUCAACUUUCGGGUUUCAUUCCUAGAGAGUUGGGGAAUUUGAAAUCCCUCAUUGAUCUGGAGUUGAGCGAGAAUCGCCUCAAUGGUUCCAUUCCUGCCUCACUUGGUAAUCUGAGCAAUUUGGAGAUUUUAUUCCUCCGCGAAAACCAACUUUCUGGCCCCAUCCCACAAGAAUUGGGAAAUCUAAAAUUGGUUGUACUUGAAAUGGACAAAAAUCAACUCUCUGGCCAUUUGCCCGACAAGUUUUGCCGAGGUGGAAAACUACAAAACUACACUGUAGCUGACAACCACCUUGUUGGUCCAAUACCCCAAAGCUUUAGAAACUGCUCAAGCUUAACCAGAGUCCUCCUCAAUGGAAACCAGCUCAACGGAAAUCUGUCAAAAGAUUUCGGUAUCUACCCAGACCUGCAAUUCAUGGAUCUGAGUAACAAUAAGCUUUAUGGCGAACUCGCGAACAACUGGGGUAGGUGCAAACAAUUGUCAAGGCUGCAGAUCGCCGGAAACAAUAUCACCGGUAGGAUACCGCCAGAGCUUGGAAAUUCACUUCAAUUACAUGUUCUUAAUCUCUCUUCAAAUCAUUUAUCAGGGGAGAUUCCAAAGAAAUUCGGAAAGUUGACUUCUCUGCUGGAGUUGGAUUUGAAGGAUAAUCAACUUUCUGGUUGUAUACCUCAAGAACUCGGCUCACUUGAUAAACUGUCGUACUUAGACUUGUCCACUAACAGAUUUAACGGGCCACUACCAGAAUCUCUAGGGGACUGCUUGCAAUUGCAUUACUUGAACUUGAGCGUCAACAAUUUUUUCCAAGAAAUUCCAUUUCAGAUUGGUAAGUUAUUUCAGUUGUCUGCACUCGAUUUGAGUCAAAAUUCUUUGACAGGAAAGAUACCACCAGAAAUCGGAAGUUUGCAGACGUUGGAAUUACUGAAUCUCUCCCAUAAUAACCUAUCUGGGUUCAUUCCAAAGGCUUUUGAAGAAAUGCACGGCUUGUCAAAUAUUGACAUAUCCUACAAUGAGUUGCAAGGUCCCAUCCCCAAUAACCAAGCCUUUAGAAAUGCCUCGAUAGAAGAGUUGCAAGGGAACAAAGGUUUGUGUGGCAACAUUAUAGGAUUGCAACCUUGCAAAAAUCCUUCCGAGGUCAACAAAGAUAUUACGAAGUCUGGCCAUAAACUCAUUCUCGUAAUCAUAAUCCCUCUCCUUGCAGCACUUGUACUGAUAUGUGCAUUUAUGGGACUUCUCAUCAUUUCUAAAAAGAGAAAGAGAAUCUCACUUGACAAGCAGACCAAGAUGCAGAAUGGAGAUCUAUUUUCAAUAUCAACUUAUGAUGGGAGAGCAAUGUACAAUGAUGUCCUACAAUCCACAAAGGAAUUUGAUGCCACAUAUUGCAUUGGACAAGGAGGAUAUGGGAUCGUUUACAAAGCAAAGCUACAACUAGCCAACACGGUGGCUGUAAAGAAACUAUACUCUUCCGAGAUAGAGGAUUCUAAAGGUUUUCUAAACGAGGUAAGGGCGUUGACAGAGAUUAGGCAUCGAAACAUUGUGAAAUUCUAUGGUUUUUGUUCACAUUCUCGACAUUCAUUUUUGGUUUAUGAGUACCUCGAAAGGGGAAGCUUGGCCAAAAUCUUGAGCAUGGAAGAUGAAACUAAGAAAUUGGACUGGUCUAAGAGGGUUCGCAUUGUCAAGGGUGUGGCUCAUGCUUUGUCAUACAUGCAUCAUGAUUGUUUGCCUCCAAUUGUUCAUCGAGACAUUACCAGUGGUAACAUUUUGCUCGAUACCGACUAUGAGGCUCAUGUUUCAGAUUUUGGCACUGCCAAACUUCUAAAGCUAGACUCGUCGAAUUGGAGUGCUCUUGCAGGCACAUAUGGGUAUAUUGCACCAGAGUUUGCUUCCACAAUGAAGGUAACCACGAAGUGUGAUGUUUAUAGCUUUGGAGUAUUAACACUGGAAGUGAUGAAAGGAAAACAUUCAGGGGAUUAUAUUUCGUCUAUAACAUCUCCAUCAGCUGAGAAAAUAUUAUUGAAAGAUUUGUUGGACCAACGCCUUGAAGGUCCCCUACCUGAAGUUGAGAGAGUGUUGGUAACCAUUAUGAAGGUUGCCAAAGCAUGCUUACAUGCCAAUCCACAAUUUAGGCCAACGAUGCAGGAUGUUUCUAAGCUGCUGUCAACUCAGUGCAUCUGGGAUUAGAUAGUUACAAAUGCUUUCGUGUGGAUUUAUGUUU